UUUGUGGGUGUUGAGCCUUGGCAAAUAUUUAAUAAUAAAAAAACCUAAAGCCUCUGUAAAAAUUAUAGAUUUGGAAAAGUACGGUUCAAUACCAAAAGAGCUCGUAGUUGUCGCGCUGCCCUUGGGGCGAAUUGUCAUGCGCACUAGUGACAACAAGCAGAAAAUCGUCGUUCGGAGCAAAUUCGUGGUGGUGUCUCUAAUGUUCUAAAUAAAUCGUGCAAUUGGCGUUAUCUGAUAAAAAGCCGCGUCGCGCCAACUUACCCCCAAGCCAGUGUUCGUGACUAUGCUGCACCGGCAGCCCCCGAGCCCCAGCUAGCAUCGUACGAAGGCAAACAAUACGGUAGGUGGCCGCCACAACGCGGGGUUUCUCUGGCACGUGUAGCUGUCACAGGGAUGCCGGCGUCUACCCUGGAGCCCGUAAACGCGGCCUUGCGCUCCGCCCUCACCAAGAGCGACGACAGCCCCUUGGACACGCAAUUGGCGGGCUCCACCAAGAAGGCCCUUCUGUCCAACAUAGACUUCGAGCCGGCUGGGAGCUACCAAAGCACCGUUUUGGACAAACUCAAGUCGAAAUAUAUCGUUUUGAAAAGCUCGGAGACUCCGCAGCCCAGUAAGCCUGAAGGAGAUAUGGGCGCGGAUGAAACGCUCAAGUUGGCUAAUUACGAGUUGUAUCCUUUUGAAGCUGUGCAGUUAGGUUGGAGUAAAUGUGACUGGUCAGUGGGGGCUGGAAUGAUUAACAUGGGAAAUACCUGUUAUCUCAACUCUACACUACAAGCACUUUUCCACGUUCCCGCUCUUGUCAAUUGGCUCAUUUCUGAUAAGGAACAUACUGCUGAAUGCCAAGAUUCAGGUGGACUGUGCAUAAUUUGUGCAAUGCGGAAGACUCUGCAAGAUUCCCAACAACGUAACACAAACUCAAUCCGUCCUCUUCUCAUCUAUAACAAAUUGCGUUUGGUUUGUCGAAAUCUCAUCCCGGGUCGACAAGAAGAUGCGCACGAAUUUCUUAGAUAUCUUGUAGAAGCAAUGGAAAAAUCUUAUUUAAGUCGCUUUAAAAACCAUUCCGAAUUCGAUUCAAAAGUUAAAGAAACCACACCUCUCAAUCAAAUAUUAGGUGGAUAUUUAAGAUCGGCCGUGAGAUGUUUGAAGUGUGGUCACGUCAGCACCACCUUCCAGCACUUUCAAGAUUUACUAUUAGACAUUAGGAAAGCUCAGACGCUCGAUGAAGCACUGGAAGGUUACUUCUCUAGGGAAAAAUUGGACGAUGACUCGUAUCAUUGUCAGUCUUGUCAGAAAAAAGUACCUGCAACAAAACAGUUCUCCCUUGAAAGAGCCCCUAUGGUUCUUUGUAUACAGCUUAAACGGUUUUCUGUUAGCAAUAAUAAAAUAACUAAACAUAUACAUUUUCGACAAAGACUGGAUUUAACAAGGUAUGCCCGACAUCGUCCCAGUGUUCCACUGAUCUAUAGACUUGUUGCCUUAGUCACACAUAUGGGACCUACUGUUAAUUGUGGCCACUACACUGCAGUUGCCCAAGCGCCGUCUGGUAAUUUUUACCAGUUUGACGAUAGUAUGGUGCGGGUGAUAUCUCACCAAGCUGUGUUCAAUACAAACGCAUACAUAAUGUUGUACGAAUUAGAAUCAUCUCCAUUUACCAAAUCAAAUAACGGAACAAACAACAAAAUAAAACCUCCACUUUCUUCCGAAGCAAACACUAGUAACAACACAUCAAAAGCUUCAUUGAACGGUAUCGGUUUUACGAGCGACAAAGUCUACGGUCCUGAAUUACCCCCCGACCGAUUAGAUAAGAAAAUCAACGGGGUGAACCCCACGCUGGUCACAAACGGUAACGGCAGCCACCCGGAGAAUUCAGGAAUAAGCGAUAGCGAACCGGAAAAUCCACAAGACAAAAAAAAUCAACAAAAAGAAAACAAACCUGUGGUGACACCUCCUCUUCCUCCGAAAAAAGCAACGUCUGGUGUACAUAACGAGGAAAACACCAAAUCACCGUUAUCGCAAAAGAAUCGGACAAUGUCGUCACGGAAUAUUAAUAGUACAAGACCGAUUAGUUCGACGAAUCCGGAAACGGCGAAAAAGAAAGGGUUGUUUCAGCCGGUUACGACCAAAUUGGUUCCUUAUGAAAUGGACGAUUCGAGUUGUUCAGAUGAGUCAAAUCAGUCGCCACACGAUGCAGAGUAUAGAGUUUCGACGAAAGCGGCGGUGGGUGAUUGGAAGGUCACCUCGACUGAACCAACGACACAGGGCAAAAGUUGGGGAGAGAAAAAACAAGAUGGGACUGUUAGCGAAUUAUUCAAAAUGUCACAUAGUGGGUACUCGGCCCCGGUUUCUUCGUGGAACGGGACGAGGUCUCAUUUAGAAAAGGAAAUUAGCAAUGAGAGGAGAGAAGACAGGAAAAGAGCUUUGAGUGAUAAUUCGGAUCAAGGCAAAGUGAAACAUCCAAAAUUGAACAAUUCCUACAAGUCUAAUCCAGGAUACAAUCCUGUACAAGAAUUUCAUAACACUAAGAAUUGGAGUCAAAAUAACUCCUUUUAUUCGGGCAACCGGCAUCGGCGUAAUUUCCACCACAAAAGCUUUCAUAAAAAUUACCGCUUUAGGCAGUGAUUAAUUUUAAGGUUGAAUAUUUUUACAUAGGCAAUUGGACUUGUAUAAUUGUGCAUAAUAAUGUCACCAUUGUUUAGUAUAACUGAAUUUGUGAAUUCUUUAUAAUGUAAGUAUUUAUAUUUUUAAACAAACCAAUAAUUCCUAAUCUUGAUUGAAAAAAACCGAUGUAAUUAAAGUAGUGAUAGCAUAAUUAAUUAACAAUGAAAACUUUUAGGAAGUGGUAUUUGUUAUAUUUUUUGAGCUUAAUGUUCACAGUGCAUUUAAAAUACUGUAUUUUUUUUCUAUAUUUUUUUCUUAUUUGUACAAAAACUUAUUUACCAUUAAGCAUAAAGAUAUUAAACUUUUACCAUAAUUUACUUUAAUGUAAUGUUUCUUUAUUAAUUGCAAAUCUUGAAUUACGUUUGUUGAUUUAAACAUUUUAAUGCAACUUUAAAAUUUUAAACAAUGGUAAUAGUCAAACCUACACUAUGUGUACUCAUGUUGUAGUAAAUGCAACCAUGUAUCUGUUCUAGAACAAAACCUUGAAAAUAAAUUUUUUAUAUUA